AUGGAAGCUCCAACAUUCGCGUUCACCUCGGGUCCUACCGAGCGACAUUCGCAUCCUGUUGAGGCUGCUGCUGAUGUAGCUGCGGAAAACGAGCCUACUGCCGUCAUCGGUGCGGAAGGCAAGAAGUCCAAGGAGUGUCUUGGUACCACGUACUUUCGGUAA